CUGCGGGGAUAUCCAUGGCCAGUUUCAUGAUUUGAUUGAGCUGUUCAAAAUUGGAGGAGAUGCGCCGGAUACUAAUUACCUCUUUAUGGGGGAUUAUGUGGAGGCAGGUACUAACUCUUCCAUAGGUGUUUCUAGUAUACAUUAUUAUGGGAAGGUGCAACCAAUAUGGAUGAGAUUUAUACUUAACCAGGUAAGGAGCGAUCUUAAGCAAUGCAACCUUUUGUAACUUUUUAAGGUAUGGAUGUCUUGCCUCAUCUUCUCUGGUGUCCCUCCUAAUAAUGUUCAUUACCAUAUAUAUUAUCUUAAACUAAACCUGUGGGAGAAUUUUGUUUGAUGGGUGCUGAACAACAAAAGAAGACAAAAAAAAGGAAGAAAAAAGAGAGAUAGAUUGAGUAUAAGACAAGGAAUUAACUAUGUUAUUGAUUUUUUUUCCUUCAAUAAGUGUCAGAAGACUUUGGAUCGUGGUGAUGAUGGCUCAAGGAGGUGGCUUUAGUUGGAGAUAGGCGGUUGGAUAAAAAAGAAGAAGAAGAAGAAAGGAAUGCAACAAUAUGGGAGGUGGCUGCAAGGUUGAAGUGUUUUUCCAGCUAGUUUGAAGUUUAGUGUUUGAUACCAAAGGUGAAAAGGUUUACUUGGGUUGUCGAUUUGGGAAGGUGUUGCGCUGGAUGGAGAGAACUGAAAAUGGAAAGCUGGGGGUUCUUUUGCAGCUUCGGAACAGAAUAGAGGAGAGGGAUUUUGGGGCUGUUGUGCUGUGGAUUUCUGCGAGGAUAUGGGGCCUGAUGGUAGAUGAGGAGACAUCGUGGUUAUUAUUCUGUGGAGACUGUCACAUAUCUGGUGGCACUGAAAGUCCGUUAUAGAGACAGGGUUACAAUUCUUAGGGGGAAUCAUGAGAGCCGGCAAAUUACUCAAGUCUAUGGCUUUUAUGAUGAAUGCUUGAGAAAAUAUGGUAAUGCAAAUGUGUGGAAGUAUUUUACGGACCUUUUUGAUUAUUUACCUCUGACAGCUCUUAUUGAGAAUCAGAUAUUCUGCUUGCAUGGCGGUUUAUCCCCAUCAUUGGAUACUUUGGACAAUAUUCGUGCUCUAGACCGUAUACAGGAGGUUCCACAUGAAGGACCCAUGUGUGAUCUCUUAUGGUCAGAUCCAGAUGACCGGUGUGGAUGGGGCAUAUCACCGAGGGGAGCAGGCUACACAUUUGGACAGGAUAUUGCGCAGCAAUUCAAUCACACAAAUGGUCUAUCACUAGUAGCCAGAGCUCACCAACUAGUUAUGGAAGGUUUCAAUUGGUGUCAGGACAAGAACGUAGUCACGGUAUUCAGUGCACCAAACUAUUGCUACCGUUGCGGUAAUAUGGCAGCAAUACUGGAGAUUGGGGAGAACAUGUCUCAAAAUUUCCUCCAAUUCGAUCCGGCACCAAGGCAGAUUGAGCCAGAUACCACCCGAAAGACACCAGACUAUUUUUUGUAAUCUUCAUAUUUUCCGAUGGCCUGAUGGUGGAUUGCAUUGCGUUAUAUGUUCGAUAAAUGUGUUCAAAGAAAGAGGAGUUUUGAAAAAUGGAGGGAUAGUCUUUAUCAUUCUUUUUGUUUGGAGUCUCUUGCUGUUUCUGCUAUGGCUUGCUUCGUUGAUCUAGAGGCAUUUUGAUGUGCAUUUAUAUUUGUAUUCCAAGCAAGGGAAGCAGCAGAGGUAAAAACAAUGGAAAUAUAUUAUUGGGUUUUAUACAUAUUUUUGCUCAAUUGAAGACUUAAAA